ACAUCUUGAUUCCUAAAUUCUUGAUUCCUAAAUUCUGAAAUCUCAUCAUAACAUUCUUUUUUUUUAUUCAUGCAUACAAGCACAGGCCAGAUGUGCGGGAGGGUGAGAGGAUUCACCAGACACAGAGUAGGGAGCAGAACAGGCAGACUGAUGGAAAUACACUGCUGGAGAGAGCAGCAGGUAAGACAGGAGAGGUCUGCCACGCCAUAUGGGUAUCUCCCCAGCCGGCCAGGAUCAAACCCGUGCUGCAGAGGCUGCGGACAGCUUCACAGCGCUGCGCUCAACCGCCUGCGCCACCAGGGAGGCCCUCAUCAUAACAUUCUUAAUAACCACAUACCACUAGCAGGAAGUUGAUAUUAUCUAAUAAUAAACAGUUAAUAGUCAAAUUUUCCCAACUGCCAAAAAAAUCUUAGUUUUUAAAUAAAUCAAAAUCAAAAAGUCAAGACUCGUGCAUUGCAUUUACUUAUAUCUCUUUAAGUAACUUAAUCUAGCUAGAGCACCUCCACCUGUUUACAUUUGUUUGCUCAUUUUGUCGGUGAUUAGAUGCAGGUUAGAUUUUUUUUUCCCCCAGGCAAUGCUGUGUACUGCAUCACUUUCGAAGGCAUGUAUCAGGGUGCUGCUAUCCAUGAAUGAUUCUUUGAGAUUGUCAAAACAGUGCAUUCCUGAUAACCUUCCACUCCACACCCAUUGAUGAUUCUUGACUGAACUGCAGUAUUCAGGGCUGCAAAUGGACUACUUCUCAGCACCCCAGCCUCCUGCCAUGUCUGACCCCAUCACAUUGAACGUUGGGGGGAAACUCUACACAACCUCACUGGCAACCCUGACGAGCUUCCCUGACUCCAUGCUGGGCGCCAUGUUCAGCGGAAAGAUGCCCACCAAGAGGGACAGCCAGGGCAACUGCUUCAUUGACCGUGAUGGCAAAGUGUUCCGCUACAUCCUCAACUUCCUGCGGACCUCCCACCUCGACCUGCCCGAGGACUUCCAGGAAAUGGGCCUGCUCCGCCGGGAGGCUGACUUCUACCAGGUACAGCCCCUGAUUGAGGCCCUGCAGGAGAAGGAAGUGGAGCUCUCCAAGGCGGAGAAGAACGCCAUGCUCAACAUCACCCUGAAUCAGCGUGUGCAGACAGUCCACUUCACUGUGCGUGAGGCACCCCAGAUCUACAGCCUCUCUUCCUCCAGCAUGGAGGUCUUCAAUGCCAACAUCUUCAGCACCUCUUGCCUCUUCCUCAAGCUCCUUGGCUCCAAGCUCUUCUACUGCUCCAAUGGCAAUCUCUCCUCCAUCACCAGCCACUUGCAGGACCCCAACCACCUGACUCUCGACUGGGUGGCCAACGUAGAGGGCCUGCCAGAGGAGGAGUACACCAAGCAGAACCUCAAGAGGCUCUGGGUGGUGCCAGCGAACAAGCAGAUCAACAGCUUCCAGGUCUUUGUGGAGGAGGUACUGAAAAUCGCUCUGAGUGACGGCUUCUGCAUUGAUUCUUCCCACCCCCAUGCUCUGGAUUUUAUGAACAAUAAGAUUAUCCGAUUAAUACGCUAUAGGUAAAAAGAUGCAGCCACAUUGGUGGGGGCUUGCAAGGAGCUCCAUGUCAGCCAAGAUCUUGGAGAGCUUCUGGCUGCUGGUCUAAGGCAGGGCACUACACUAAUUGGUAUUAAUCACGUAGCAGGACUUGACUCCCCUCAUGAUUAGUCCACCUUUAGGAAUCCAUGUGUCCUUUGAACAGAGCCAACUUUUUCUUGCCAUUUUGAGCUGAAGGUGGGCAGUUCGUUAUGACAAGAGUCUGCCAGUGUGUCCUAAAGGAGGCCACAAGAGGACUCUCUGGAUGGACAAAGGAACAGCAAACAGUUUUUGCACAGGGUCCCUCUCUUUCUCCUGCUAGGCAGUACCUCAUUCUGGGGCAUUCAAAAUACGAGCCCUUGAGGGAGGGAUCCAUCCUAACUGGGACAAACCUAGGCAGUUAGGGAUUUCUAGGCUUCAGAAAUGGGCUGCUGUCCCAGCAAAUAUUUGAUCAUCAGGAGCCAGUGCAAUGAAAGGUCCCUGUCACCUUGCUCUUAUAGUCCUACCCCCAGGAAUUUGAGGUAUCAUUGAACAAAGUCAUUUUUAACAAAUACAUUAUAGACCCUCAGGAUUAGAAAACAAUUUCUCUUCCCACAUCGCCAGCAUAGUCUGGACACAUCUGGGCUAAGAGCCUGUCCCAACACCUCCCAGUGAUCACCCAUCUAUACCUGCUUGUUUACCUCCAGUGACAGGAAAUUUGUUAUCCCCAGGGGCAGCUCCUGCCUUGGUUGCCUGGUGCUGGCUGUUGGAAAGUUCUCUCCUACAUUAAGCAAAAUCUGUCCUUCCACUCCCAUUUUAUGAUCGUGGUCUUGGUUCUAGACCUUCCUUCCCACCCAAAUGUGUAUUUUCUCCUUCAAAUUAGUCACCUUGGGAGGCCAAAUACUCAUCCUGAAAAUAUUAUACUACUCAUAAUUAGGGUUCCCCUUUGGAACCUAUCUUCAGAAGCAAGGUUAGACCCCUUCCAUUCCCUGUAAAUCACUGCAUCCUGUGACAGCUGUGCCUCAUUUGUGACCCCACCCCCGCCCCAUUUCACCUACCAUGGUCAUGGCUUACAGUCAUGGCUCCGCAAACCCUCUGAGCAUCUUCUGUGGGAGGGUGAACAUUUGCUGCCCCUACAGAGGUGCUGCCAGAGAAAGAUGACCCGGGUAGUGGGCGGCGAGGAGCCCAGAGGACAGUCCGAAGCACACAUUGCCCAUGGGGUAAGUGUUCAGUCUUCAAGACACUGCUCUGCAAGAAGUGAGCUUCCCCUGUGGUACUGUUCCUGGUCCUAAGCAUCCCAUGGACCUCCAUGGGGUCAGAUCAAGGACAAGAUACUCCAAGCUAAUACUUUCCUGGGAGUGAUGAGCAGUGUGGGCGUCAAAGCUGCACAUGAUGAUUCAUUCCUGGACACAUGUGGCCUUGAGAGUCCUAGAGUCUUCCCACUGGGGGUCCUCAGACCAAGCCAGGUAAACCUGGUGACAGGGUGUCCAUGGAGGUGGGUCGAGGAAGGGGCUUUCCAUAGUUACGCCCUGAGUGGGGAGCUUGUACUUGGUCAGGACAAGGCUGCCUCCCCCUUUGUGGGACCCAGGAGUCUGACAGCCGUCUCAAGCCACCAAGUCAUUGGUACUCAGGGAAGCCACUCAGGAGGACUCGGUUCAGACUAGACAGCAGAUGCUGUGACCACAACAAAAUAGUCGAAGGACAAAAUCUCAUCAAUCACUGCUGCCCUUCUUUCUGUUCCAUAAAAAUUCUUUCUCCGUCUCUUCGGUGCUUCUUAAUUCAAGCAGCUUGACUUUAGAGAAAGUACAGGAUCUGUGAAGCUACUAAUGUGCUAAGUGACUCUCUACAAGUCACCUCACUGAGCCACUUCCGUUUCUUCAUCUGUGAAAUGGGCAUAACAGUAAUUCAUAACCCUACCUACCUCACAGGGCUGUUGUGAGGAUCAGAUGAAACAAUGUAUGUGAGAAUACAGUAUAAACCAUAAAUGACUGGUAUUAUUUUGUGUCUGCUUUUAAGAGAUAAAACCUUGGCCUUGGAGUCA